AUGAUAAUUAUUUUCAUUAUUUAUCUAUUGAAAUUUAUUGCUACAUCUUCUUCAACGAUACAAACAAUUAAAGUACGAGAAAAUGUUAACGUGACAUUAACAUGUCGUCUAUAUAGUGGUCUACGACAAGAACAACAACGAAAAAUUCCAUUAAAAACAUUAAUAUCAUCAUCAUCAUCAUCGGAAGGCAUUAUUCUAUGGUACAAAGAUGAUACAACUGUUAUUGGUGUCAAUUCAAUAUCGAAUGAUCCAGCAAAUUACAUUAUACAACAAUUAGAUUUUGAGACAUAUGAAUUGACAGUGUUGCAUGUUCAAUUAGAAGAUACUGGUGAAUAUAAAUGUCAAAAUUUUACAGCAAAAGAAGAAAAUCGUUUUCAAUUAACGGUCAUAGUACCACCAUCUCGACUUCGUUUAAACGCGUCACCACACCUUCCCGUUCAUGAGGAAACAGCCGUAUCAUUUAAUUGUACAACUGAACGUACAUAUCCCAAUCCAACAUUUGAAUGGUACAUAAAUGAUAAAUUAAUUCAAAAAUAUUCUGGAAAUCAAACAAGUCAAUUUUCUAGUUAUUCGAUAAUAUCGUUAAAAUUAAAUCAUGAUGAUAAUUCAAAUAUUUUACGUUGUCAAGUGUCUAAUGAAGCUAGUACAAAAGAAACAAAUAUUGAAUUGAAACUUGAAGUAUUUUUUAAGCCCAUCGUCAAUAUAUUUUGGAAAACAAAACAAGUUCAACGAACAUUAACCGUUAUCGAAAAUACAUACGAUAUAAUUCAAUGUUCAAUAAUUGCUAAUCCGUCUCAAAAUAGUAUUGAAUGGUUAAGAAAUGAUCAAUUAAUAAACGGUCAAAAUCAAGAUCAAUUGUAUUCUAAUUUUACUCAAUCAGAUGAAGGAAAAUUAACAUGUCGUGUUCGAAAUACGGCUGGUAUCUCUGAAGCUAGUGUUAAUGUGAUUGUUUUAUACAAACCAAAAUUAUCUCUCACACCAAAAAUUAUAUUGAAUCAAGGAGAACGAUUAAAUUUAAAAUGUUCAAUUAAUGCAAAUCCAUCAUGUCAUAGUAUUCGAUGGUUUCAUUUUGAUCAAGAACUAAUCAGUCUACCAUGUUCAACAAAUCAAAAUUUUAGUGAAUAUACUAUUCCAUCUGCUUAUCGACUUCAUUCUGGAAAAUAUACAUGUGAAGUAAAAAAUUGGUUGAAUACUGGUAUUGAUCGUAAAGAAGCAAUAUCAAAUGUAACAUCCGAUGUGUGGAUACAGUAUGCACCAUUUAUCUUGAAUAGAGAGAAAAAAUUUGCCGUAUUUGAAGGACGUGAAAUAGUCUGUGAAUGCAUUGUUGACGCAUUUCCAAAAUCAGAAAUUAGUUGGUAUGCUCCAAGUGGACAACGAUUGAGCUCAUUUACAGAAGAGAAAAGUUUAAAUGCCACAGUGGUUGUUAGCCAACUUCAUCUUCCACCUUCAUACUCAUCCAUGUUAGGAUUAUAUCGGUGUCAAGCAAAAAAUGAGUUUGGUCAACACGACUAUUCUAUCCAAUUUCAACGACCAGGCAUUCCUGAUCCGCCAUCUGCAUUACAAAUCAUCAAUCUUACUCAUUCUUCGUUCACUGUUGGUUGGACGCCUGGAUAUGCUGGUGGAUCAUCGCAAACAUUUUAUGUUUUACUAAAUGGUAAUCAAACUGAAGAAAAACGAACGAGUUCUACUCAUCUACGAUUCACAGAUCUUAAUGAAAAAAUGAGAUAUUUUGUCAAAAUUCGUUCAAAAAACACUUAUGGUUUUAGUGAUUAUUCAACGAGUGUAAUAGCGCAUACCACUGAAUGUCCUGUCCGACCUGAUGACUUUCCAUCGAUACAGCAAGCAUUUUAUACUGUCGAUCGUAGUCGGAUACGUUUCAAAUUAGGACAAAACACGUUAUCAAUUCAAAACCGACAAUUGUGCAUUAAAAUUUUUAAUGCUCGUUCAAAUAUUUCUCCGUCUAUUGACGAUGUUAGCCGUGAUGACAAUACCAGUAGUAGUGUUGAUGAAAAUAUUCCAUGUAUUUUAAUUGACAAUAAUGUUCAAUCAGACGGUAUACCAUUAACAAUUCAAUAUGUUGAUUUGAAAAUAAAAUUAUGUUUAUACAAUCAAACCGAUGUAUGUUCAUCUCCAGUACAAAUUCCCACUGGUGUGCCAUUAUCUGGCGAUUCAUCAGAACUUAUACUAAUUUUAACCGGUGUUAUUGCUGGAUUAUGUGCUAUUGCUCUACUGAUUAUUAUCACUGUGUGUUAUCGUCGACACAAGAGAAAACAAAGUAGUUCGACAGAUAAAUUAAAACCAAAUAAGCAAAGUUAUCCAAGUAGUACUUUCGAAAGUUUUCAUGCUACACCCGUGAGAGUAGUAGAUGGUUCAAACACAAAUACAUGUCUAUAUUAUCCUCAAGCAACAAUAAAUGAACAUAAGAACUCAACGUGUUUUGACUCUGGGAUGCCUAGCACUAGUAAUUCUGAUUCAGCUGUUUCACAUUCAAUAUCAGAACUUGAUGGUGGACUAUAUGAUCGUACCGAAAUCGAACAACUAGUAACGUUAAGAAAAAAAAUUUUACCUGAUGCUCAACAAUUUUUAAAUAAAUUAAAUAUGUCAUUAGAUGCAACAGCAGCACCAACAGUACAACAACAAGCCGUCUAUACAACGGGACGAGCACAAAUUAACUCGAAUUUAAUAUCGAGAAUCUCAAGCGAAGAAGAAUCGGGUUAUUCGACGCCAACUAAAGGAAAGAAACUUGUUUAUGAGGUUGUCGUCUAA